AAAUUAUCCAAAAUGGCGGAUGAGGAAGAAGAUCUUUCCCCUUCUCAGACCGAAAAACUUAUCCAGUUCCAGGAUUUUACUGGAAUCGAUGACAUCAACAGAUGCCGAAGAAUACUUCAGCAAAACAACUGGGAUAUUGAGGUGGCAGUACAGGAUACCUUGAAUGAAGCAGAAGGUCUCCCUCCAGCAUAUGCACAACCCCCAAGAGUGCAGAGGGUUCCGGCUAUGAACACAAACUCCAUUGAUCAGAGAGUCAUCACAGUUGUGAGACGACCGCAGGGCUUGGUUGGGUGGACAUACUUUAUCUUCAUGUUUCCAUUCAGACUUUUACAUUCAACACUACUAGAUAUAGUUAGGUUUAUAUUUAGAUUAUUCCGGCCAGAUCCUAGACGAGUGUACCUUUCAGCGUUAACAGAUCCUGUGGGAGAUGUGAUGAACUUUAUACAAGUUUUCGAAGAAAAGUAUGGUUUGGUUCAUCCAACGUUCUAUCGUGGAACCUACAGUCAGGCAUUGAAUGAUGCGAAAAAGGAGUUGAAGUUUCUUCUUGUGUAUCUACAUGGACCAGACCACCAGGAUACAGAUGGCUUCUGCCGGGAGACACUGUGCAAUACAGAGGUUGUGGAGUUUAUGAACACAAGAAUGCUAUUUUGGGCAUGCUCUGUUAGUACUCCAGAAGGAUAUAGAGUGUCUCAGGCACUUCGGGAGAGCACCUAUCCAUUCCUAGCACUGAUUGUCUUGCGUGACACACGUAUGACUGUCGUCGCACGCAUAGAGGGACCAGUUGGCAAUGGGUUUCUCAUGGAGAGACUUUCACAGGUGAUAGCCGACAACGAGGGUGCCCUGGUAGUCGCGAGAGCUGAUCGGCAAACAAGAAACUUGAAUCAGUCUAUCAGACAGCAGCAGGAUGAAGCAUAUGAAGUGUCCCUGCGCGCAGACCAGGAGAAGGAGAGAAAGCGGAAGGAGGAGCUGGAGCGGCAGCAAAGGGAGGAAGAGGAGGCAAGAAUGAAAGUGCAGGAGGAACAGAAACGAAAAGAGGAAGUAGCACAGCUAAAGAUAGAGCUAGCUGAUCAGGUUCCCGAAGAGCCAGCCACUGAUAGUUCCGAUUGCAUUAAAACUGUGCUAAAACUGCCCGACGGCACACGAUUAGAACGACGUUUCCUGAGAGAUCAGUCCAUGAAGUAUCUGUACUACUACGUGUUCUGCCACGACAAAGCGCCAGACGACUUUCAGAUAGUGACAAAUUUCCCGCGGCGCGAGCUAACCUGUCGGCCAUCUCAAGGAGCACCGGACCCCCCGUCAUUCACAGACGCGGGCCUCGGAAAGUCUGAAAUGCUGUUUGUACACGAUAACACAGCAUGAUCACACGGGCAUUCUUUACGUCAGCAUCAUCUGACCGCAACGUGGUUAGAGGGUUGGAAGGUGACCUUCCUGAAGGUGAAAUUCUACCCUGGGCGCGCUACACGGCAGCUUGGCUGCGAAUGUUCUGUGAUGAUGUUGUGGUGGGCUGUGUGCAACGCGCUGGGUGUUGUUGCCAACCGCCAGCAGUUUGGUGGCCAUCUUAAGACUGUACGCCGUGUCACUGAGCGGGGGUCACAAACACGAGAUCGCGUUUUCCUCGCUAUUGGGGAUGCUACUGUUCACGAACAUAGCAGGCUACGCAGCCUGCGUAGUGUGUGAUGCAUACACUGGAACAACCUACCGUGAGUCUGCUAGAUGUCGCCUUCAUCAGCCACAGCUCUUCAGCGUUGGUAUACAAGUAGCUGCGGCACAUGCUGAUACGAUCAGGAAGGAAAACUGUGAGAGAAUUGCUGCGUGAAGAGGAAACGACGAUGCCGAAGUGAACUGCAUCGUGCUCCACAAUCCUCUGCACGCGUGUUUGAAUGCAUAUGACUUGGCUAGUAAUUUGUUAAUUAUGCAAAACAUACCAGCCGUUGACUUGAUGCAAUUGAUAGCUCGACUGUGUGAAAUAAUAGAAAAUAUGCUAGAACCCCUAUUGUGGGCUUGCACCAUUGCAUACACUUACUCUGCUAUUGUUUGCCCUUCACACUUUUGUUUGUAUACACAUUGAACAGUAUUCUGACAUUUCCAUCCUGUUACGUCUAGUAUUUGCGAAAAUUUUAGGCAAGUUACCAUCAUCAAACAGAAAUCUUUAGGUUGCCUGAUAUAUCUAGUCAGUUUUGCUCUCAUUUUGUAUCAGUAAUAUCUUUGUGUAUAAAUAUUGCUGUCAUAGCAACGUAUAACCAAGCAAGGUAUUUUAACACAGUCAUAAUGAAUUCAUUGUGUAAGCAGUGGACAACCUUAUGUAGUAUAUACAAAAAACAUGUAUAUAAAUUCUUUAGUUAGGGAGAAACUAUUGAAUGAGAUGAAAUUUACAUAUGUUUAGAUGUAAAUCUAGUCUAUAUUCUUUUCCUCUCUCCAUGUGUUGCUGAGGAGAAAUUAGGUGAUUUGAAUACAUUAAAUUUUAUUCAUCAAUACGAUAUGUCGAAACUUUAAUCCACAAGUUGCACUAAACGUGCAUUUUUGUGGGCAAGUUAUUAUCAUAAUUAUGAAUAAUAAAUGGGCUUUCGUGUAUUGAGUUGGACAAGGUGGGAUGCUAAUAGGAUGUAUAUGUUAGACCUCUAGGAGGUGAAUUCCAUGAAUAAUUUUUGUGUGUAAUACAACGAUAUUUGGCUUUAUACUGUUA